AUGCAGGCUCCUGUGGUGGUGAUGAAUACCCAGAGUGGGGAUAGACAAGUUGGCCGGAAAGCGCAAUUGUCCAACAUUACCGCUUCAAAGACUGUGGCAGAUAUUAUUCGAUCAUGCCUCGGACCGAAAGCGAUGUUGAAGAUGCUUCUUGAUCCUAUGGGCGGAAUUGUUCUCACGAACGACGGUCAUGCUAUCCUUCGAGAAAUCGAGGUGGCUCACCCCGCAGCAAAGAGUAUGAUCGAACUCAGCCGGGCACAAGACGAGGAAGUAGGCGAUGGAACUACUACUGUUAUAAUUUUAGCUGGUGAAAUGCUGGCCCAGGCGCUUCCCCAACUGGAACGUAACAUCCACCCUGUCGUUAUAAUUUCGGCUUUCAAACGGGCUCUUUCAGAUGCACUUGCUAUUGUGGAAGAGAUAUCUCUACCAGUUGAUGUUAAUGAUGACAAAGCUAUGUAUAAACUGAUACAGUCUUCCAUUGGCACGAAGUUUGUUUCUCGAUGGCCCGACCUCAUGUGCAGCUUAGCAUUAAAGGCUGUGAGAACAGUUUCACGUGAUGCUGGUGGUGGAAAGCAGGAGGUUGAUAUCAAGCGUUACGCUCGUAUAGAAAAGAUACCGGGCGGAGAGAUUGAGGAUAGCGAAGUCAUUGAUGGGGUUAUGCUCAACAAGGAUAUCACGCAUCCAAAAAUGAGGCGGAGAAUAGAAAACCCAAGAAUUAUCCUCCUCGAUUGCCCUCUCGAAUAUAAGAAGGGAGAGUCUCAGACAAACAUCGAGGUUUCGAAGGAGGAUGAUUGGAACCGCAUAUUGCAGAUCGAGGAGGAACAGGUCAAACACAUGUGUGACGCAAUUCUUGCACUGAAGCCGGAUCUUGUGAUCACUGAGAAGGGUGUAUCUGAUUUGGCGCAACAUUACUUGGUCAAGGAGAAUGUCACUGCCCUUCGACGUGUUCGCAAGACUGACAAUAACCGAAUCGCCCGUGCAACUGGUGCGACUAUUGUUAACCGAGUGGAUGACCUGCAAGAAUCCGACGUCGGAACUCGAUGUGGUAUUUUCGAAAUCGAGAAGAUUGGCGACGAGUACUUCACAUUUCUCAGGAAAUGCAAGAGUCCGAAGGCUUGCACAAUCUUGCUGAGAGGACCGUCAAAAGAUAUUCUUAACGAAAUUGAACGGAAUUUACAAGACGCGAUGUCCGUUGCAAGGAAUGUCAUUUUCUGCCCUCGUCUCUCACCGGGCGGUGGAGCAACUGAGAUGGCGGUGUCGGUGAGAUUGUCACAGUUGGCAAAAUCCGUCGAAGGCAUUCAGCAAUGGCCUUACAAGGCUGUGGCAGAUGCGAUGGAAGUUAUCCCAAGAACACUCAUCCAGAAUGCUGGCGCCAGCCCCAUUCGCAUCCUUACUAACCUGAGAGCCAAACACGUUGAAGGAAAGAACUCCUAUGGAGUUGACGGCGAUACAGGAGAAGUUGUUGAUAUGAAAGCCUAUGGUGUGUGGGAACCUGAAGCUGUUAAAUUACAGAGUAUCAAAACUGCAGUUGAGUCUGCGUGCAUGCUACUCCGAGUCGAUGAUAUCUGCAGUGCCAAAACCCUGAAGCAAGCUGCGAAUGUUGGCGGCGGUGAUGAAUAG